AUGGCCCACCGUGGAGUGAGCUAUGACAAAAAUGUCAGCUGCAUCGCAGAUCUCAAGGCUCUUGGGAGCCAGAACCUCCCCGUGAUGGUCAGAGAGUACUAUAAUGAGGGCGCCAUGGAUCUUAUCACACUGCGUGAGAAUGAGGCGGCGUUCGACCGGUACAAAAUCCGCCCGCGCAUCUUGAUCAACGUAGACAAGGUGGACACUAGUACUGAGAUUCUUGGCACUAAGGUAUCCCUCCCUAUCGGAUUCAGCCCAGCAGCGUCACACAAACUUGCGCACCCCGACGGCGAGCUGGCAACUUCACGCGCUGCUGCCAAUCAUGGCAUCUGCAUGGGUCUUUCCUCAUAUUCGAACUAUUCGCUGGAGGAUGUGGCCAGUCAGGGCCGUGGGAAUCCAUAUGUGAUGCAGAUGUGUGUUUUAAGGGAUCGGUCAAUCACGCUGCAGCUUCUGCGCCGAGCCGAGAAGGCAGGCUACAAGGCGCUUUUCUUGUCGGUAGAUGUGCCUGUUUUAGGGAAACGGCUGAAUGAGCACCGGAACAACUACACCCUGCCGGAGGAUAUGGAAUGGCCGAAUAUCCUAAGUUGCGGCGGUGAUACUUCCAACCGGACUGAGUACGAUCCAAGUUUGGACUGGGAAAGCACCAUCCCCUGGCUCAGGGAAAAUACAACGCUGCAAAUUUGGUUGAAAGGAGUAUAUACCCCCGAAGACGUUGAACUCGCCAUUCAAUACGGCCUGGACGGCGUCGUCAUCUCCAACCACGGGGGUCGCCAACUCGACGGUGUCCCGGCGACUCUGGAUGCUCUGCGAGAAUGCGCACCGGUUGCCAAGGGUCGUAUCCAGAUCGCAAUCGAUGGAGGCAUUCGACGCGGUUCCGACAUCUUCAAGGCCAUUGCUCUGGGCGCAGAUUUCUGCUUCAUCGGACGAAUUCCGAUCUGGGGAUUGGCGUACGACGGUCAGAAAGGUGUGGAGCUGGCCAUUCAGAUCCUGCGCAACGAGCUAAUGAUCACGAUGGCACUAGCUGGAUGCCGUUCGAUUAAGGAGAUCCAAAGGAGGCAUUUGUCGAUCCUCAAACCAGAUGGCGUUCUUUCCAAGCUUUGA